ACCUGCACUCACGCAUCCGUCCCCAUUCGCUCUUCGCACUCCACCACAACCACCACCACCACCACCACCACCACCGCCUACACACCUGCCGCCAUACACCAUUAUUCUCACCUUCAGAACACCACCUCUGCUGACCAUCCAUCCCCGCCGCCGCCAUGUCGUGGACGGGCUUCAAGAAGGGAGUGAACCGCGCAACCACGCAGGUCCUCAUGAAGACGGGCCAAGUCGAACGUACCAACGACCGCGACUUUGAAACCGAGCAGCGUCGCUACCGCACUAUGGAAACCGCAGCCAACAAGCUCCAGAAAGAAGCCAAGGGCUACCUAGACUCUCUCCGCGCUAUGACAGCCUCGCAGAUGCGCAUUGCCGAAACGAUAGACGCCUUCUACGGCGACGCGGGCACAAAGGACGGCGUGAGCCGGAGCUACAAGCAGGCUGUUACCGAUUUGGAUGCCGAGACGAUAAAGGCGUUAGACGGCCCGUACAGAACAACCGUCCUGGAUCCAAUCCAGCGCUUCUGCAGCUACUUCCCUGACAUCAACUCUUGCAUAACCAAACGCGAGCACAAACAAAUGGACUAUGACCGGAUGCGCGCCCAGGUCAAAAAAUUGACCGACAAGCCCGACAAAGACGUUACCAAGCUUCCACGCGCCGAAAAAGACGAACAGCUCGCCAAAGCUGCCUACGACCAACUCAACGAAACCCUGACCACCGAGCUGCCCCAGCUCAUCGACCUCCGUGUUCCCUACCUCGACCCGAGCUUUGAAGCCCUGGUGAAGAUUCAGUUGCGGUUCUGUGCAGAAGCGUAUUCACGAAUGGCGCAGGUGCAGCAGUAUUUGGAUGCGAACACGAGGGAUCAGUACGCUCAGGGCGAGCUAGACGCGAGGGUUGAGGAGGUGUUGCAGGAGAUCCGCGAUUUGAGUAUUGCGGGGACGGUUUGAGCGGGAUAGCCUUGUUUGUCUGUCUAUCUGUUUCUCUGUCUGUCUGUCUGCAAAUUUUCAUGUGGGCCUGUGGGUGGGCAAGACAUGUUGAUUUAAUACCUCCGAUCGCGGGACUAUUUCUUUCCAAAACACAAAGACUAGGGUUCUAGCUGGAUGCGAUUAGCUUUUAGGUGUCAACUUUGGUCGGGUUAUGCAUAGGAUGCGAGCAUGAGGUUAUAACGGCUUGUUAGGAACUAGAAAACAGCCCGUCAAGAUGCGGGAAGGCAACACACAAUCCACAAUCCUUGAAACGGGUGGUGAUGCACUCAGAUUUCAGUAUGGAAGGGCUGUCUAUCAAGAUGGAUUGAGCAGAGUAGCUAGCCAUGCACUGGUCUGUCAGGAUACCAAUAUCCU